AUGAGCUUCUUCGGCUUCAGGCCAGCCGCGGAGCUGGACAUCGCGCUGACGGACGCCGAGAGCUGCCGGCGGGUGGAGCACAAGAGCGAGGAUGGCAAGAAGGACAAAUACUGCCUGUACUACGACGGGGAGACCGUGUCCGGCCGGGUCACUGCGGCCCUCAGGAACCCGGGCAAGCGGCUGGAGCACCAGGGGCUCAAAAUAGAAUUCAUCGGCCAAAUCGAGCUGUACUAUGACCGUGGGAACCACCAUGAAUUUGUAUCACUGGUGAAGGAUUUGGAUCGGCGAAAUCUCGCAGACUCAAAGCUUUGAUUUUGAAUUUACUCAUGUGGAGAAGCCAUACGAGUCGUACACUGGUCAGAACGUCAAGCUACGAUACUUCCUGCGCGCUACGCUGAGCCGACGUCUAAAUGACGUUGUGAAAGAGAUGGAUAUCGUGGUGCACACACUGAGUACAUACCCCGAGCUCAAUUCUUCAAUCAAGAUGGAAGUGGGGAUUGAGGAUUGCUUGCACAUUGAGUUUGAGUACAACAAGUCCAAAUACCAUCUCAAAGAUGUAAUUGUGGGGAAAAUAUAUUUCCUCCUUGUACGGAUCAAGAUCAAACACAUGGAAAUUGAUAUCAUCAAGAGAGAAGCGACUGGCAUUGGGCCAAAUGUCUACCAUGAAAAUGACACGAUCGCCAAGUACGAAAUCUUGGAUGGAGCCCCUGUAAGAGGCGAAUCCAUACCAAUUCGGCUUUUCCUUGCUGGCUAUGAGCUGACUCCAACCAUGCGAGACAUCAACAAAAAAUUCAGUGUGCGCUAUUACCUCAACUUGGUGUUAAUCGACGAGGAGGAGAGGCGUUACUUCAAACAGCAGGAGGUGGUGUUAUGGCAUAAAGGAGACAUUGUGCGGAAGAGUAUGUCUCACCAGGCUGCUAUUGCAUCUCAGCGAUUCGAGGGGACGAGUCACCCCGAGUGUAGACCACAGCAUAGUGGGGCCACAGCGGGGGACCAGGAAAAAGAGUGA